AUGUAGAGUAUUAGCCUAACCGAUUUUCGACCGGGUCACGCAUUUUUGAAGAUUAGAUGUAGAUAGAAGAUUUAUUAUUUAUCUUAAGUUCGUUUACUGCAGAAAUGUCCGAUAAAUCAAGGUUGCAACACUUCAAAAAUAAAGGAAAAGAUCAAGAUGAGAUGAGAAGAAGAAGAAAUGAAGUAACUGUGGAAUUAAGGAAAAGUAAGAGAGAUGAAUCACUACUGAAAAGAAGAAAUGUUCCAGUAACAGAUUCUACAGAUGAAGAUGAGACAGAAUGGAAUGUGAAUAAUUCAAAUCUUCAAAUGAUUGUACAGAAUGCAAGUAGCACAGAACCUGGAGUUCAGUUGACUGCUGUCCAAACUGCUAGAAAACUCCUGUCAAGUGAUAGAAAUCCCCCAAUAGAUGAUUUAAUAAACUCUGGAAUACUACCAAUCUUCAUACAUUGUUUGCAACAAGAAGACAAUCCUUCCUUGCAAUUUGAAGCAGCAUGGGCUUUAACAAAUAUUGCUUCAGGUACCUCAGCUCAGACACAAGCAGUUGUCAUUGCAGGUUCUGUUCCCUGGUUUUUGAAUCUUCUUAGGUCUCCUCACCAGAAUGUUUGCGAGCAAGCUGUUUGGGCUCUUGGAAACAUUAUAGGAGAUGGACCUCAGCUUCGAGAUUUUGUUAUCAGAGCUGGUGUAAUUCCACCUCUUCUUGCCUUGAUCAAACCUGACACCCCACUUUCUUUCCUCAGAAACAUCACCUGGGUGAUAGUUAACCUUUGUCGAAAUAAAGAACCACCACCACCCAAAGAAGCAGUUUCAGAGAUUCUUCCUGUUCUAUGCAUGCUAAUACAUCACACAGAUAUCAAUAUUUUAGUAGAUACUUUUUGGGCAAUAUCUUACCUAACUGAUGGAGGAAAUGAACUGGUACAGAUGGUAAUUGAUUCUGGUGUGGUGCCUCAUCUUGUUCCAUUUCUCAGCCAUAAAGAAGUUAAGGUUCAGACAGCAGCUCUAAGGGCUGUAGGAAACAUUGUCACUGGAACUGAUGAACAGACCCAAGUGGUGCUUAAUUAUGAUGCUUUGUCUCACUUCCCAGCAUUAUUAACACACCCAAAAGAAAGAAUCAACAAGGAAGCUGUGUGGUUCCUUUCUAAUGUGACAGCAGGAAACCAUCAACAGGUGCAAGCAGUUAUAGAUGCAGGUCUAAUUCCAAUGAUAAUAGAUCACCUCAAUCGAGGAGAGUUUCAAACUCAGAAAGAAGCAGCCUGGGCAGUCAGUAAUCUUACUCUAAGUGGUACAAAAAGCCAAGUUGGCUACCUGGUCAGUGAGAAUGUCCUCCCUGCUUUGUGCAAUCUUCUGACUGUCCGAGAUGCCCAAAUUGUACAGGUGGUCCUAGAUGCAUUAAGUAACAUGCUCAAAGUCUUAGACAAGGAGUUUGAGUACAUAGCCAAUACAAUAGAAGAGUGUGGAGGGUUAGAGAAAAUAGAAAUACUUCAGAAUCAUGAAAAUGAAGAAAUUUACAAGUUAGCUUACGAAAUAAUUGAACAGUACUUUUCUGAAAGCGCUGAUGAGGACCCAAACUUGAUACCAGAAUCAUCAGAACAGGGUUACCAGCUUGGAUCUAACAGUUCAAUUCCUUCUGAAGGGUUCAGGUUUUAAGAAAGGUCAAGGCUUACUUGUGUGUAGAAAUCCAGCCAAGACUUUCUGACUUCCAAACAAUGUACAGAGUUCAUUUUCCAGAACCAGGGAUCUGUGAACAUGUGGGCUUGAAAUAAUGCCUAUUGGUGAUUUGUAUAGUUAAGUUUGGACAAACAGCUGUUAUUCCAAUGUGAAUUAUAAGGUCUCUGAGAUUCUAUGUUUUUGAAAUGUUAGCAGCUUUCAUCAUUAUAAACAAUCAAGAAAUAAACCCAGCUGAUCAGAACAUUCAAAAUGUAUUCAUAAUUUGAUAUAAUUUGUCGCAAUUAAGCCAGCUCCUAAUUACAAAUUCUUUUAAGGGAGGGGAAGAAAACUUUAUUAAAUUUUGAUCUCUUUUAUGUGUCAAACCAUACAUGUUUGAUAUUAACAGAAGUUUAAAAGUUUAAUAUGGAUAUAAAGUACAUCAUAGCUUCUGUUUUUUGUUUUUUUUAUCAUAGGGGAGAAGACAAGUAAGAAUUAAAUGGUUAGGUAUUCAUUGAGUGUAAUAUAUGAAAAAGUACUAAAAUCUGAAGGUUUGUUAAAGAAAACUACCUUUUGUUAUUGGUGUUUACACAGAUGUUAAUUCUGUAAAUUUUUUUUGUAAGAUAUGCUGUAAUUAGGAAAAUUUGAGCCUAAAUCCUUUUUAAAAUUAGUUAAAACUUCACUAAAGCAAAUCAUUUUUAACUUUCACUCACAAUUUGUAAUGAAAUGUAUUCUUUUCUGCUAAAAAUAAUAAUUUAAAACAAAAAAAUAGAAGUCGUAUAUUAUUUGAAAUAAAAGGGACCCUACUUCUUACUUUGCUUUUGUAGUGGAGGGGGGGUAUUGUUUUUGGGGCAGCAUAGUUUAUAUAAGGUUCCAGAUUCCAAAUCUGGUAUUUCAAAUUUUUACUUAACCAAUACCAUUAGUUUUUGCUUUUAAGCUUUAAUUCUGUUUUCUGACCGAAAAGUAUGUCAAUUGAAAGGAUGUAACUGAACAAGUAAAGCUUAAUAAUUACCUUAUAAAGAGGAAGCAGUCAGUGAAAUUAGAAGACUGGUUAUAAAAGCAUGUAGACCUGUGGAUUUUGUAGGUGUUGUCCUUAAACUUUAAUCAGGUGGUCAGUUAUUUUUCCUUCUGGUGUAUUGUUGAUAUUUAAGUAGCUAGGCUUAAGACUGUAAGUGAUGGAUAUAUUCACAAGUUGAUUUUGGAUGUACACACGGAAAGCUUUGUUAGAACAAGAAACUUGUGUUUCAGCUUUUUAUAAAAAAAAAAGAAGGGGAUUGUUUUCAUUUAAAAAUCAUGUAUGCAAAAUUUAUUGUGCUUUCACUACAUCAGUAAAAGCAUUAGUUUUGUACCAGAUGUAUGUUAUUUUAUCAAAAGCUCUAUUUUUUUUCUGUGAACUUCAUUACAGUAGUUUAUCUGCAUCGUACUGUUACACAUUGUAGUCGUGUACAAACGUACAUAGCUCUGCUAAAGUUACGCUGAAACAAUGGCCUAAUAAAAUGUCAUACAUGGGA